ACGAAGAACACAACAAGCGCUUGUCGAAGUGCCGCUCCUUCGCAGCAAUGGCACAUAGCUCUGUCAGAUUAUAAGACGAUCAUGGACCAUCUCAAAUCCUUCCUCAACUGGUCCAGGGGGCAGGGUCUUGUGUGGGACGGUAUCGACUUCAAGAGCUAUCCAGGCCGCGGCACAGGCGUGAUCGCAACUCGAAACCUAAAGAAAGGGGAAAUAAUCCUUACUGCGCCAUUUCGUACAUACCGUACAUUGGACACCCUCUCACCACAAGUAUCAGACGCUCUCUCUGACCUUACACUUCAUGCUCGUCUAGCCGCAGAUCUAUCUCUCGACAACACGCCCGGCUUCAAGCUAUGGACAGAUAUGCUUCCUUCCGUCGCAGAUCUUGAAGCCUCGUACCCAUUCUUCUGGCCCAAGAAUCUCCAGGAGCUGCUACCGGCGAAAGCUAAGCGCAUAUUACAUAGCCAAUUGCGACGAUAUGCGCAAGAAUGGGCAGCUGUCUCGUGUGCAUUUCCAGAACUAAAUGAGCCUGAUUUUCGGUACUAUUGGAUCAUCGUCAACUCUCGCGCGUUCUAUCUCAUGACACCAAGCAUGGAGAAACUGGAUCCUGAUGACCUGCUCACAUUGGUCCCAGUGGCGGAUCUGUUCAAUCAUGCGGAUACUGGUGUCGAGACAACAAUCGAGCCUGAGACAUACAAGUAUAGUACUGAUCGUGAGUACGCACUAGGGGAGGAGAUUGUGCUGUGCUACGCGGAGGAAUCAAAUGACUACCUCCUUACUGAGUAUGGCUUCAUACCAGACGUGAAUAAAUGGGACAGCGUAUGUCUCGACGACAUGAUACUGCCGCUCUUGAAUGAAGAGCAGAAGAAGGCCCUGGUUACGAGAGAGUACUAUGGGAAGUACACCAUCACUGCGACCACACUGGGGUGCUGGAGAACCCAAGUAGCGCUGCGACUUAUAUGCUGCACGAAACAGAACUGGGAGGAAUUCGUUCGAGGCGUGCAUGACGGAGGACUGUCGCAGUCGAAGGUGGAUGAGUUGCUGGUAUCGCUGUUGCGUGAUUACCAAGUCACGGUCGAUGAAUCAUUAAAACAGUGUACAAAUCUCGUAGAGGAUCAGCACGGACGGCGAGAGGUACUUGUCAGGAGGUGGCAGCAACUUCGGGAAAUAGUUGCCGAGGUGUUGUCCAAAUUUGACAAAAAGCUGGAGAACAGGUGACGGAAGUGUACAGAGAACAGUUACGCGAUAAUGAGUCCGUGUUAUACCCAUCUUCCGAUAGCGAUAGAAGCUUUGCCCUCAUGACUUGGUGCUACACUUGUUCGGAACCGACUUCCCGUCGUCUCAACACUUUCAGGGGUUGGUGCUUAGGUAUGCUUGGACUGAUGGAAGAACUGGUGUAAGGACUGGCUGGGCACAGACAUUGCUCGGAGCAGUGAAUCUACCAUCAAUUCUAGAACGAGAUAUCUGCUUCUCGCCAAAGGAUGUCAUUUGAACAGCGUAAGGCGGAGGUAGGUCCACCGUCCCGAUCCUGGAUGGUAUUGUACGGCUUUGUUUAUCUACCAGUGUAUCGAGG